AAAUUUGUUUGGUACACUUGAUUGUUACUCCUAAACGCUAUUUAGGUAAAUGGGGUGGUAUACAUUGGUUUUGUAGUUCAGGUGCAAACUGUUGGGGGUUUAAUAGAACACUAAUGAAUUUACAUUUAUUCUCAGCGUUAUCCUCAUUUACAGAAUAAUGUACCUAUAUAUAUUCAUCAGAAAAUCCACCAUUCAUGUAUCUCAGACACAACUUGAAACACAAGCUCUCAAGGCCACCAAGAUGAUGAGCUUGCUUGAGUUUGUUAUUGUAUUUGUAGCCAUUCUCUUAUUCUUUUUCAUCCAUCUUUGGAGGUGCAAUAGAAAUACCCCCCUCACAUAUUGGCCCUUAAUUGGUAUGCUACCAGGGAUUUUGUGUAAUUUGCCCAAUAUCCAUGAUCACCUUACCUCAGUCUUGAAACACCAUGGAGGUACUUUUAAGUUUAGAGGACCUUGGCUCACAAACAUUAACUUUGUCCUCACCAGUGAUCCUAUGAACGUGCACCACAUUACAAGCAAGAACUUUGGCAACUAUGGCAAAGGUUCUGAGUUCCACGAGAUUUUUGAGAUUUUGGGAGACGGAAUAUUCAAUUCUGACUCCCAUAAAUGGAAGUACAAUAGAGAUAUACUGCAAUUAUUGUUCAGACAAAACGUCUUUAAGAAUGUUGUUCAAAAAGUUAGUCAUAAGAAGCUGGAGAGUUGCUUGAUUCCACUUCUCAAUCAUGCUUCAGAAUCAGGAACUGUUGUGGACUUGCAAGACAUGUUUCAGAGGUUAACCUUUGACAGCAUAUGCUCCAUUGUGUUGGGAUUCGAUCCUAAAUGCCUACCCAACAAUCCCACUGAAUUCCAAGAGGUUGCUUUUGAGAAAGCUUUCAACAAAAUGGAAGAUACAAUCUUUUACAGACACAUUGUCCCAAGGUGUUUGUGGAAGCUACAAAAACGACUCCGAAUUGGACAAGAGAAGAACUCCAAUGAAUCCCAACAAAUUGUUGACCAAUUCUUGCACCAAUGUAUAUCAUCAAGAAAUGAAGAGCAAAGCGGAGUCAAUUGCGCGAAAGAUGAUGAAUCAAACUUUGAUAUGCUAAAAGCUCUUGUGGAGGAACGAGGAAUCGGACAAAUAAACGACAAGUUUCUAAAAGACACGGCGAUUAAUCUCCUUGCAGCAGGCAGGGACACUAUUAGUGCAUGUCUUAGUUGGUUCUUUUGGCUUGUUUCAACUCAUCCUUUUGUUGAAGCUAAGAUCCUUGAAGAAAUCAGAGAAAAGUUGAGAACCAAUGAUGAGAAUUGGCUUGCUUCAGGGGUGGAAGAUCUUAACAAGCUAGUUUACCUGCAUGGAGCUCUAUGUGAAACUCUGAGGCUCUUCCCUCCAGUGCCAUUUGAGCACAAAUGUGCCAUCAAAUCUGAUAUACUUCCUAGUGGAGAUUCUGUUAGUCCAAAUACUAUGAUAUAUUACUCUUUGUACUCAAUGGGAAGAAUGGAACAAACAUGGGGAAAAGAUUGCUUGGAAUUCAAGCCAGAAAGGUGGGUUUCAGAAAAAGGAAUCAAUAUACACAUACCAUCAUACAAGUUCAUAGCUUUUAAUGCAGGCCCAAGAAGUUGUUUGGGAAAAAGUAUAAGCUUCAUUCAGAUGAAGAUCAUUGCCAUUGCUUUGCUGUGGAACUUUCAGUUUCAGGUGGUGGAAGGUCAUAAUGUUUGUCCAAGUGUUUCUGUUGUCCUUCACAUGAAACAUGGCUUGAAGGUCAAUGUUACUAAAAGAAGCAUUUGAUGGAUGGAAAUGGAAGCAUCAAGCAUGCAUGGGGCUUCAUAUGAUUUAUUUGUCUUAUUGUUUUCAUUUGUGAUUGUUUUUAACUUCUUUGAUAAAUUAUGCAUUGUUUGAUUUAUUUAUUUAUUUAUUUUUAAGUUUAACCGUGUGAUUUCUUAUCUUGAAAUAUAGUUAAAGACACAAUAAUAAAUUCUAUCUUUC